GUCUCCUCCAUGGCCGCCCCCGCCAUUCCCGGCAUUGCCGAGUCCCUCUCCGUCUCGCUGCAACAGGCGCGCGUAGUGCAGGCCGUCUACCUCUACGGCUUCGCCCUCGGCGCCGUGAUCCUGACGCCGCUCUCUGAAGACUACGGCCGGCGCCGGGCACUGCUGCCUUCCGUGCUGCUCCUGGCGCUCCUACAGCUGCCCUGCGCCCUGGCGCCAAACUACGCCACCCUCGUCACCGCGCGCCUGCUCGCGGGAUUCUUUGCAAGCGUGACGUUUACUAGUGUCGGCGUCAUCAAUGAUCUCUUUGCUGCAGAACAGCAGGGCUGGGGAGUCAAUACCUUUGCGCUUAGUGCCGAGGCGGGAGCAGUCAUUGGCCCAAUUGCAGGCGGCUACUUGUUCGUCGCGCACGGCUGGCGCUGGACAUUCGGCGUCAUGGGCAUCGUCACUGCCUUCCUCCUCCUGCUCUACUACUUCCUCGUCCCCGAGACUCGGUCGGGCAUCCUUCUCGCGGCGCGCGCCGCCCGCAAGCGCAAAGAGACGGGCGAGGCAAGGUACUACGCGCAGCACGAGCGCGAGCGAGAAGGCCAUACGCCGCGCGCAUUGCUGCAGGAAUGCGUCGUGCGUCCCGUGUACAUGCUGCUCACCGAGCCCAUCGUCUUUUGGUUUGCCCUCUUCGAUGGCUUCAACUACGCAAUCGUCUAUCUCUUCCUCGAGGCCUUCUCCCUCGUCUACGCGCAGUACGGCUUUGGCACGGGCGCCGCCGGCCUGCCCUUCCUGGCCGUGCUGUGCGGCUUUCUCAUCGCCUUUGCCGCAUACCCGCUGCAGAUGGCCUACGAGGCACGCGAUGCAAGGAAACAGCAAGGCGACGCCACGCCAGAGGCUAGACUGGCUUGGAGCGUGCCCGGAGGCGUCAUCUUUCCCAUCUCGCUCUUGUGA